AUGUACGAUAUAAUUCUAUUGGUUGUUCAUUUGGCAGGAUUGCUUUUAUUGAUUGUUCUGUUGUCUACCGGAUUGGCCAUUCCUUCUGCUACACAACGAACCGUGUCUAACCAUCUUACAACACAGGACAAAGAACGAUUCGCGAAAGUUUUCGACGAAGGAUUGAAAUCGAAUGAUCUACAAUCGUUAUACUACGCGUCCGUAAAUGUGGCUCUUCCGGCGGGUGAUGCUGUCAGCACCUGCAAACGCUUAUUAUCGCUGCACAGAGAAUCGAAAUUAAACGAUUUUGAGAAAAAUUUCUACCUUAUUGGUGCGCGGAAGAAUUUUGAUUGCAAGGAAACACUUCCAACGCAGGUCGAAUCCGCUGUUAAAGCCGCGCUCACUAAAGAUGCUUCUACUGCCCAGGAGAUCUACUACAACUUCCACUCUGCCAAGUUAGCUGACCUCACUGUGGAUGAGAAAGUACGUAUCGUGCUCGGAAAAAACUUGCAAACAGUGCUAAAAAAAGACGAUUCAUUAAAUUCACUCGGGCAUGCGUUUGCUGUUGCCGCUGAGUUGGGUACAGCAGGCAGUUUUGCCUACGACCGUAUUGAGGAAGCGUUUGUGCAAGCUGACGAAGUCGAUGGAAGAAUGCUGCAGUUCGAAGGAGGACUAAGCAUUACAGCGCUUGUUGUAAACGGUGGAUUCAAACUUGCCACAAGCCUUUCUAAACCAUUACCAAUUACAACUGAACAAGCAGUUAAAUUUGCCACGUACUUUCUGUCUCGUGUAUCCGUCCAAACACCGAAAGGUGUUAGCCUGUUAUUGGAAGCAUUGAACUUGCUAGCCUCUCAGAAGAUUAUCGCUCCAAUCUGUAUCCGUUUGGCCGACAAUGGUAAACUGCUCCCAGAGUCGCCUGUGCUCAAUGUCCGUGUUUGUGACCUACUCGGAAAACCUGUCUCACCUGCUCCAGUUGCACUGUCAACGACGAUCGUAUCCCGGACGAACAACGAUGUGCUCGUUUCCAAGGUAAAUUUGGUUCCUAACAAAGAUGACUCGACCCUAUUUACGUACAACCUAAAACCGGCAUCUCCUACGCGUGGUCUGUAUCAUGUGGACAUUGAAGUCGCUCCAUCCUACAAGCAACAACUGCAAGUGAGUGUUCUUGGUAAGGUUCGCGUAAGCUCACUGGAAGUUGGUGUAGGUGAUACGGAUAGUGCGGCAUCGAGCGUGAAACGACAUUCGAUAACACAUCCAUCGAAGCUAGCAAUCGUUUUGAAUGCUGAUUCGCAACAGAAGGUAUUGCUGAAGACGGCACUAGUCGACGACGUCAGUGGAAAACCGAUCAACGUUCAUCAGGCUUUUGUGCUAUUGCGCCAUAUGCAAACUCGUCAGGAAAUAAUAUUUGUGGCUGAAACAGAUUCAAGCAAGGCGUAUAAGUUUGAGAUGGAUGUUGGUGCACGAGCUUCGGAUUUUAGAUACAAAAGCGGACUUUACGAGUUGUGCAUGAUUAUUGGAGAUACGCUUUUGUCCAACUCUUUCCGGUGGCAUGUGGCCGAUUUAGAGCUAAAAUUUUCCGUCAAUGAAAGGCAGCAGAAAUCCGGUUCAGCAGACGCUGCCAACUCGCGUAAACUACUACCAGAAAUUGUGCAUCAGUUCCGCACCCCAGAAAAACGUCCUGCUCGCUUCGUAUCUGACCUGUUUACCGUUCUUUGCAUCGCCCCUAUUGUGAUACUAUUCGGUCUGUGGGCCAGACUGGGUGUGAAUGUGAAAAAUUUCCCACUGUCACUCGGUGCACUUGGUUUCCAUCUCGGUUUGGGAGCUAUUCUGGUCUUGUUUGCCAUUUUCUGGCUUCGACUGAACAUGUUUGAAACGAUUCGUUACCUGAUCCCACUAGCACUCUUCACAUUCUUCUGCGGAAAUCGAAUGUUGCGUAAGAUCGCACGGGGUGGCUCUGAAAAGUAAAGUUGAGUCGCACAAUUCUGCUCGUUGAGCCUCUCUUUAGUAUGUGUCGGAUAGUCUUUUAACGAACAAAGGCUUAGCGAUAAGCAAAUUAGAAUAACA